AUGCCGCCACCCGCUGCGAAGUAUGAGCGACAUGUUGGAGGCAAACGUUGGCGAUGUGACAAGGCCCGCGAGCUGGCGCUACUCUAUAGCAAGAUCUUGGCUUCAUCGGACAGCCUUCGAUGGGCGACCGGCGUGUCGUCGGCUGCUGCGCCCAAGCCCAAGGACGGUGGUAUCCAAAAGGCCGUGGAGCCCUGCGAUCUCAGGCUUCGUGACUAA